AUGCUAUUACGACUCCCCAAGAGCCUCCAUUACCCUCUCACAAUCAUCAAAGUAGAGAAGCGGGUGGGCGAGUUUAUCGCCCUUAACGACGACCUAUUCCUCUACUCCUAUACUACCAAGGUCAAGCAAGGAAGUCGCUAUGAUGAUGAAGAGGAAGAAGUAGAGAAGAAGUUUGUCACACAUUUUCCCAGCACACUUGAAGGAGUAAUCAAGGGAUGGCGGGUCUGGGAAGGAGAUGUCUUGACUCAACCGCAAGAUGUUUGUGAGAUUGAAGAAGAAUGCCCCCAUACCGUCCAGUUCCUGGGUAUGUGCACCAACUGUGGGAAAGAUAUGACAACUGUCCAGGCAGGCAGCGAGACCACAGAUGCCGAUCGUGCACCAAUCCGCAUGGCCCAUGACACCCCGCAUCUGACUAUCAGCAAAGAAGAGGCAAGUCGAAUUGACGAGGAAUCAAAACGCCGCCUUCUGUCCGCGCGCAAACUCUCGUUGGUCGUUGAUCUCGAUCAGACAAUUAUUCAUGCUGCGGUGGAUCCCACGAUAGCUGAAUGGCAGAAAGACAAAGAUAAUCCAAACUAUGAGGCUGUCAAGGAUGUGCGUGCAUUCCAGCUAAUUGAUGAUGGGCCUGGCAUGCGAGGUUGUUGGUACUACAUCAAGCUGAGGCCUGGUCUCAUCGAAUUCUUGGAGAACGUUUCCCAAUUGUACGAAAUGCAUAUCUACACGAUGGGAACCCGUCAAUAUGCCCAACAGAUUGCCGCGAUCGUCGACCCGGAUCGCAAAUUCUUUGGAGAUCGCAUCCUCAGCCGAGAUGAGAGCGGAAGUAUGGUUGCCAAGAACCUUGAGAGACUGUUUCCUGUCGAUACAAAGAUGGUGGUCAUCAUCGAUGACAGAGGAGAUGUUUGGAAAUGGAGUGCCAACCUGAUCCGUGUGCGCCCGUUUGACUUUUUCGUCGGUAUAGGCGAUAUCAAUUCCAGCUUUUUGCCCAAAAAGCAGGAGAUACAGACUACGCCGAAAUCGGAAGAAGACAAAAAGCCGGAAGAAAACGGCAACGAAAAGAGCGAGGUUGGUGAGGAGGAAUCCAACGGUGUUGCCGAAGAUGGGACUUCCACCAUUCAGAAUGGAACCUCGGCCCUUGAGCAUCUCAUAGCCAUGAGCGGGGGUGAUGACCCAGCGGUUCGAGAACUGCAGACUAAAGGUCAAGAGGAGCUCAUCACGUCACAGCUGGAGGAUAAACCCCUGUUGAAGAUGCAACUGGAGCAGGACGAGAAGGAUGACGCCGAGGCUACAUUUAACGGGGAGCCAACAGCAUCGCAAGCCACCGAUUCGGACUCGAGCGAUUCUUCGGACUCAUCGGAAACAAUUUCCUCUCCAAAAUCCAAAGCUCGCCAUAGCAUCCUGAAAAACGACGACGAGGAAUUGAUUCACCUUGAAGCAAGCCUCACAGCUGUGCAUGCCGCCUUCUACUCCGAAUACGACCGAAAGCGGCUCGCUGGCAAGGGCGGUCGGGUCGCUGCCCUGGCCGGACAACGAAAGGCGCCGUUACCGACCGCUGAAGAAGAAGACGGAGUAGCUGUGGACUUACUUCUGGUACCCGAUAUCAAGCGGAUCAUGCCGGCGAUGAAGGUGAGGGUGCUUGCUGGGGUGACCAUCGUGUUCAGCGGUGUGCUGCCUCUGGGGACCGACAUUCAGAAUGCCGACAUCAGCACAUGGGCGAAGACCUUUGGAGCUACCAUUACCGACAAAGUAGGCCGAGGAGUCACGCAUGUGGUCGCGGCCCGACCAGGCACCGCUAAGGUCAAGCAAGCAGUGAAACGGGGAAUCAAGGUUGUGGGGACUGCAUGGUUGAUCGAAUCCAUGCAACAGUGGCGGAAACUGGACGAAAAGCCAUAUUUCCUCGAAGGGGUCGGCGGACAAAAGCACGACGCCUCGAGUGACAUUGGUGACAUUGGUGACAUUGGUGAUAGUCCGGACAAGUCGAACAUCACAGCCAACGACUUCAUUCUUAGUUCGUCGGAUGGUGAGACUGAAGGAGGGGAUACUGAAGAUGACCAACCCGCACGGAAAAAGCUGAGGUUGGAUGUCAACCAGCAGGAAGGCGCCCCUGAUGAGAAUUUCGAGGACUUCGUCGACGAUGGCAGUCCGAUAACGAUCAACCAAGAUGAGUGGGCAGACAUAGACGCCGAGCUCAAAGAGUUCAUGGGCAGCGAGGCUGAAAGUGAGAGCGACACCGAUUCAGUCAGUUCCGCCUUGAGCUUCCGCGAGCGCCGUUCAAACAAGCGACGACGAGACGAUGAUGGCGGUGGGGAUGAUCCGACCGGCGACAUUGCGAGAUCACCAACUAUCAGAAGAAAUGGUGCUGGCAGCGCGCUGAAGACGGUGGCGAACGUCAGCAGUGAAAGAGAGUCGGAAGGCGGAAACACGCCCAUAGCCGGAGAGACGGACGAGCAGAUCAGCGAAGAACAGCGAGAGAUUGAGGAGGCACAGCAACUUGAGGAAGCCGAGGAAGAAGAUUCAGACGACGAGCUUGCCAGAGAACUGGAACGCGAGCUUGAAGAGGCCGACGCUCAAGAAGAACAGGAGAUUGCGAGAGAAGCUGAUGCUGCUGCUUGA